AUGGUACUGCUGACACCGAUUGCGACUCAGAUGCUUCAGAUGAUGAAGUCACAUGCAAGCCUGAUCAUCUUCCACGAUUUGGAUUCAAAGUCUGGGCAAUAUGUUCUUCAGAUUGAUCUCAUCUUCAUUCUGAGCCAUACUGUGGCACAUGUACACAAAUUUCAGACACACGACUUGGACAUGGUCCGAAUAUUAUCUGUUCAAGGUAUAGGAGCGACGGGAACCUUGCGUAAAGAUCGUCUCUGUGGAGCCCCACUUAUACCCAAGAAAUCAAUGGAGAAGAAAAACCGUGGCUUUAUGGAAGAAGCUUUUACUGAGUGUACAUCUCUUGUCAAGUGGAAGGAUAACAAAGUGGUUUGUGUUGCUUCAAAUGAGUUUAGAAAGAAUCCCAUCCACAAAGCCCAGAGGUGGAGUAAGGAUGAAAGAAAGCACAUAGAGACUGAAAUGCCAGACUCCCUAAGAGUAUAUAACCAAACUAUGGGCAGUGUUGAUCUCUUUGAUCAACAUGUCUCCUGUUAA